AACAGAUUUCAAACUUACAGCCGAGAUAGAUAAACUUAGGCAGGAGAACGCAGGGUUGGCAGAACUUAAAAGAAAACUGAGGCAAGCAUUACAACCACUUCCUCUAUUCCAUCAUUUCAUACCUCUAAUUUAUGAGAUAAGAUAUUCUACUAGUUCUAUAUUAGUGGAUUCUAAACUUUAUUUCUUUGGAGGUUGGGGUAAAAAUUCUGAUGGGAGUCAAGGAUGUCAAAAUAGUGUAUUUUAUUUAGAUACUUUAUCCUCGUUUAGCACGUCGGGUAGCAUUCCGUGGAUUGACCUUACAUCAAUCGCUGCCAUUCCAGUGGGAACUUGCUGGCAAGUUAGUGCAUUGGAUACUAUAAACAAUACAAUAUAUAUGUUUGAAGGCUCAAUGGUUAAUAGUAGUAAUCAAGUCAGUGCACUUGAUACUUUGGUCUACGCGUUUAAUACAAAAAGUCAACAAUGGAGUAAACCAACAAUUUCGGAAACCCCUCCACCCAGACGAAUGGAGUUCCAAAUUGCACAAGAUAGAUCUAAUAAAGUUUAUGUGUUUGGUGGACUAUCGGGUCCUUUAACAGGUUCUCAAAAUACCACUUGGUUCAGUGAUAUGAACAUUUUAGAUAUUACAAGAUUAUCUUGGUUGAUAGUUGCAGCUUCUGGCCUUGAUUAUCCUCUACCUCAGGCUGAUUUUACUGCCACGCUACUGACUAACGGAACGAUAGUAUAUAUCGGAGGUAGACAAGCCACUACUGCUUAUGGAACGGGAAUAAGUUAUAGACCGAUGGACAAGAUAUGGGCUUUUGAUACUAAAAGAGCCUUUUGGAACUUGAUUACCGCAACCGGAAUUAUACCCGGUAAUGUUACGUUGCAAACCACUGUGGAACCCGGUCCAACUUCCAACAUAUAUCUUCUCGAUAUUAGUAACAAAUCUAAUUAUACGUGGAUCACUUCGUUCAACGCUAACUCAUCCAAUCCUACUUCCACCACCGGAUCAUCUACAGAAUCUGCACCCACGUAUUCUGUUCAACCAUUGAAAACUAAUACUGUAUUAUCAUCCAAUCUUGCUCUCAUUUUAGGUGUUUCAAUUGGAUGCACUGUAUCUUUAGUAGUUAUUGUAGUCAUUGCUUUCUUACUUCUUCGGCGUUGGUUGAAAUAUAAAAAGUUUGCUGCAACUCAAGAGUUGGCUAAUAGUUCAUCAUCUUCUGACUAA